UAACAAAAUUUCUUUAAACAAAAUUCAAAAUUAGUGUAAUAGCUUUGGAUUAUUAUAUAAACGUGAGGCUCAAUCAUCAAAUAACUCAAGUGAAUUUAAAUCGAUUUGAAUAAUUAGAAACUGUGCAAAAUAAUGGAAAAGAUGAAAUUCACGGAUAUGAAUAUAGAUUGCAUUGAGAGCUGUUUGGAACAUUUAAAAAUUGAAGAUCUUUUGAAUGCGGCUGCAUCGAACAAACGACUAAAUCAUGCUGCAAAGUCCAUUUAUGACCGAAAAUACCAUUGCCGAAGAAUUCCUUUACAUAUAGUAAAUGGAAAUCCAUUUGCACUUUCCACUCUACGCUAUCUGCGUUGUUUCGGUGAAUUGAUAACUAGAAUUCAACUUAUAUUUUAUGGUGAAAUAAAUCAAUAUUCCUGGCGCUACUCAGAACCAUGGAAAGAACGAAAAUUUAUACGGACCCAGCGUACAAUUGAUUACAUAAAUGAGUACUGUGGUGAAUCCUUGGUAGAUAUUGAAUUUAUUCGAAUUCAAGAUUUACCAGAACAUUUUAAGAAACCAUUCCCCAGAGUAAAAAGGUUAAAAAUUGACGAUUGUUCUUUCUCUGGUCUGACUGAGAAGAAUUGGUUGAAUACAAUCUUUCCAAGAAUGCAAGAACUUCACAUAUCUGUGACGAAUGUUCAUUGUGAAGAAGUUUCACAAAUUACAUUUGAAUUGGCUGAGAAUCAUUUUGCGUUUCUGGAGCAUUUGUCAAUUUUUCUAUCACAAUUUGAAACCAUCCCAUGGAUUGUUGAUUCAUUAAGGAGAAAUUUCAUGGCCGCGCUCGAAUUGAAUCCACAAUUAAAGCAUCUGUGUGUUUCCACAUCACCUGGAAUUCCAUUUUUUGAUGCAAAUGAUUUUCAAAGUGUGAACCUGCAAAAUCUUGAGAGUCUAGAAGUUACUGUAAAUGAUAGUUUUUAUUUUGAAUUUAAUGGGGAAUCGAUGCGCUUUAGAAAUUUGAAAAGUCUUCGUUUUAUAGAGCAGACAAAUAUAUCAUAUCCAAUUCCAUUUGUCGCCGAUAAUCUUGAAACAUUGCACCUUUACAAGUUUGUAAGAAUGAGUGAAUAUGAAUAUGAUUUCAUUGAAAAACAUCCAACAAUUACAUUCUUGAGAUUGAGUGUGAUUGAACAUGUGGACCUUGAAAGGAUCGCUAAGGCGUUGCCAUUACUUAAAGCAAUUGAAUUUGGUUAUAGUGUUAGAUUAACGAUUGAUAAUAUGAUUCCUCACUGGACUACGUUUGAAUCUCUUAAACAAAUUUCUUUUUUAAUGGAACACAUUGAAGAGGAGGAUUUAAUACCACUCCUUAUCGAUGGAUGGUCAAUUGAUACGAUAGUUAAAUAUUCAACAAAAUAUGAAAUAAAAUUAAAACGAUAAAAUUAAAAAUAUUAAGCAGCAUUAGAAAAUAUACGUUAUAGUUUUGCAUGUAACGAUGAGAAAAGUAUGCCAAUAAGGAUCAUCGUAUAUAAUGUGAUUACAAAAACGUUAUUUUCACAUUGAUACGAUUCGCAAAUAGUGUUUGAAUGCGUGUAAAGAUAAAAGAACAUACUUUUUAA